CGAACCUGAACGCCAACACGCGCCUCGAUGCACUCACUAUCAUCUUUACCUCGUGAGAUUCGAGACCAGAUCAUCGACUAUGUCAUUCUAUCCUGCAAAGAUCCUCCACAUGAUCCAGCACAUGAUGUGCAGUCAAGGGAAGAUGCCGUGGGGCAAGGCGCGUUGAGAUUGCCAAUCCUGUCCCUUCGAACGUACAAUGCUUUCGGACUACUCGGCACCAGCUCUCAGCUCAGAGCUGAAACGCAGGACCGCUUGAACCGGCUCAGAUUGACAUAUUCACUUGACGUGAUGGUUGUUGACAACGAGCUCUGGCCUACCUGGAUCUGCUGUCCUACCCGAGCAUUUGGCCCGGUUGACACGGUGAAAGUCUCGUUGCGCUUCUUCAGCAAACCGAAUGAUCCGUAUAUGGUACAUGUUGCCCGCACAGUCUGGGCGAUAUUGCGAGGCCGCACGUGGACAAAUACCUCCUUGCAUCCGUUAGCCGCACUCUUUUUACAUAUACACGAUGUAUGUGUCCAGUCCGACCAAAAUAAUACGAAUGCAAUAAAGACGCUUUGCUUCGAUGCAGCUACGACAAACCACCUGGACCACAUCGUUACCAUGGGUCCCUCAGAGUCUUUGUCUGGAGUCGAGCUGAAAUCUCUCUUUGGAAAGCAUCGCUCUCUGUGGAACUCAUUCCGAAGCAUUCGCCAGUAUCCAUUUUCUGGUAGCGGAGGGCCCGAAAGACUUGGACUCGAGGCCUCGCUCAAAAUCAUGGUGGUUCUAUUCUUACAAGAAUCGUGGGAAGAUGAGUGCGCCAUAUACACAAGCUAUGUUGGGCCUUUAGGGGCUGCCUUUCGAAGCGUCCAAAACGUGCUGUUUGCUGCCGAUGGACAAGAACUUGGCCAACUGACAUGUCGUGUUUUGUCAACCUGAAACCAGUUGUGUACAUGAUACGGCAAAGCGAAUAGCAUGCCGAACAAGCGAUCAAGGCUUAUAUACAAUAAGCUUCAGCACGAUAAUCUUAUCAAUCUAUCCGAUUGAUCGCUAUCUUCCUAAGCAGAACUCUUUUGGUGUAAGGAUGCUGCUCGAAAAUAAACUCGAACGAGUGGUUAAUGAGAGUUCCAGCAAUGUAGACGAUGAGUGUAUGUACAUUUUAUCCUUCUGUA